AUGGGAGAGGGCCUCUGGAUCCCUUUUGAUGUGCGAAUCAUGGAGCUCCUUGAAAGCCUCUGGGCGCACUUACAGGGUGAACAUCAACAGGACGGGCCCCCAGACGCAUUGCCGGGGACGCUAGACAGGACUCAGGAACCACAUCAGCCCCAGCACCAGCAGGUGCAAGUGCAGCAGCAUGAGGAUCAGGGGCAAGAACAGGGGGAGGACCGAGAAGGAGAGGAGGAACAGAAUACGGCAGACCACAGGGGAGAGAGGGCAUCACAACAUUAUCCCCAAAACCACAAGUUGUACGUACACCUUUUGCCGUGGCGUUAUUGCCUGGAUCUGCACACGAUGACACAAAAAAACCUCGCCACUCACAGAGUGCGGCCUAUCCGCAGGAUGUUCGAGAGGGUGGGCUUGUGGUUCUCGCGAGGAACGGACGGAUACGCAGAAAGGUUUGCGCCGGAAUUGGAGAUUCGCUUGGAAAGCCUCUGGCAAGAAUCGCGGGAUGGGAGAAGGUCCCCGGGACCAUUGGCCAUUGCUUGGCAGGACCCUAGUACCGGAGAUGUGCACUACACGGACGUCAUAGCAAUGAACGAGCUGACGGGAAACGGCAGCUACAGAGAGAUCAUGCGCAUGGAGAUAUCUUGCGUGACCCAGGACUCUUCACUUGACGCUCGUGAAGCAAGACAUCUCCCCGAGUUGCCUUCCCUGGAGGUCGGCAACGAAGAGUCAGGAGAGGCGUUCUGUAGGGGGCACAAGGAGUGGUUCGAUUCCGACGACUUCCAGGCUGCUUUCGCUGCAGUAGGCGCAGGCGAAGUACCUGACGAUGCCUGCGCCAUCUGUCUCGAGACCUUUGGUGCCGGAGACAGCGUGGAUCCGCAGGAACUCCAGCGAGAGGAACAGCAAAAACAAGCCUCUGCUCGUCCCAAAGGCAACAGCGCCAGCAGGAGCGUCAGCAGCUAUAUAAGCAGCAGCAGCGGGGACAGCAGUCCUACCAGCAGCAGCAGCAGCGGAACUUCUGGGAGCAGCAGUAAUGGGAGCAGCGCCAGCAGCAAAAACAGCAGCAGCAGCGGCAGGGGCGCCAGCACACAGCAGCGCCAGCUGAGUGCCUGCGUUUCAGAAGGUUGCAGCGAAGUGGAUCGUUCUGGAGUUAUUGAUUGCGACGGCGGCAGCACAUCCAAAUCAAAUUUGAUGGACGAAGUCAGCAGCAACCAAGAGGUUGUGAAGCUGCGGCACUGCCCACACCACUUCCACUCCGAGUGUAUACGCAUGUACAUGCAAAGGUGCAGCAGGGGGGGGUUCUUUUGUCCCACAUGCAAUGUGCUGCAGCUUCCGGGCAAUGGGCCCUCUCCGCCAGGGAAAAUGUCUUGGAGGAUCUCACGGCACUCUUUGCUUGCGGGUCACCCAAGAGAGGGCACUAUCAUCAUAGAGUACGUGGUUGAGGGAGGGAUUCAGACAGAGAGGCAUGCCCACCCUAACACUCCUUUCACAGGCACUCGGCGACAGGCUUUCUUGCCAGACUGCUUACUGGGGCGGCAAUUGCUUCGUCUGCUUAUACGCGCUUUUGUGAAGGGUCACACAUUCACUGUGGGGGACAGCGUAACUUCGGGGCAGUCCAACGUGGUGGUUUGGAACGGAAUUCACCACAAGACAAGCGUUUCUGGAGGACUACUGCGUUACGGAUACCCCGACGACACGUUUUUGCUGCGGCUGGCUGAGGAGCUCAGAGCGCGGGGCUUCCCUUUGGAGCGCGCUGAGCUGAAUGAGGGGUAG